AUUUAAAUCAUCUGUGUGGUUUGUCGCAUGUUCAGUAGUUUCAACGUUUCAUAAUUCGCAUCAUCCUAUUAUCGGAUAUGGCGUGAAUAUAUACUUGAAUAAAAAAGAACAAAAACACACACGUACACAAAGCAACGAAUCCAUCAUCAGAAUCUGACUUUGUUGAAAUUACGUAUUUAUAUUCUCAUUUUUAUAUAUUGUAUGUCGAUAACACCGUCAUCGAACAGUGAGAAAAAAAGUGACAUAAACUAAAUAUAUUGUGUGCUAUAUUCAGUUUACGAAAAUCACAACACAAAAAAAAUAUGAAUUGAAAAAUUUAUGGAUAAAAUUUGGUUUAUGAAUAAAGAGACACGCUUUUACCCAAAUGAAAGAAAGAGUGACAAAGAAUAAAGACCGAACACUUUUGGUUCAAAUUUUCAUUUGAAUGAUUGUUAUUGUUGUGUCGUGUGAAACGAACAGCUGCCGCGAUUCAAGCGAUCAAGUGAGAUAGAACGAAUGAGGCAGCCAAGAACGGUGGGCCGAAAAACGAUCAUUCGAGGAAAUCCAUGCAAUCAAAUGUGGAAGAAAGUGUAGUGCAUAUAUUUUAUUUUAGUAAGAAUGGAUUUAAUGCGUCAGUUUAUCAAUUUUUUGACCAAUUGCUUCCGAUGCAAAGAAGAUACAGUUCAUCAGAAUUCAGAGACAAAUGAACGUACACAUUUGUUGCAACAUCCGAUCAACAGUAGCCCAGCGGUGAUAGCCAACAAUGGAAAUUUAUUACGAGACAAUCAAAACUCUGUGCCACAAAAAAAUGAGUCCAAUGCACUUAAUCGGAUAGUACAAGAUUUUGCGACGAAUAUAAUUGAUGUUGCGGCCAUGGAUUCACACAAUUUAGAACCACAAGAGUUGAAUGAUCGAAUUCGAUUGUACUCACAUAAGUUAUCACAACAAUGGGGAACAUUGCAGGAAGACACGACGAGUGUUGCCAAUGGAUUAUUAAGAGAUAUUCCAAGUAGUGAAGCAGAUCGUUUGCUAUUGGUGGCUCCAAUUACCGAUGCUGAUCUUCAUUUGAUUCGAAACUUUACCCAAAAAUCAUAUGUGGCAUUAAAUGAUAUCAAGGUUGAGCAUAAGGAAGACUUAGUGGUACCUUUUUUAAUUCCAUAAUGAAAGCCACCCAAAUAAAUUUAAAUUAAACUGCGAAAUUCGAUAACAUUUUUUUGUGCAACAUGAUGAACUUUUAAUAUUAAACAGAAAUGAAAAACAAUAUGAGAAAAAAAUGAACAAGCAAGCAUACGAAAAUAUUUCUCUUCUGAAACAAUAUUAUACGAUGGCGACCAAACUUGUGAUGAAUUGAAAUUUUCUCAAAAGUCCUCCACAAAUUUAAUGGCACUAAGUAGAAGACAUGAGAUACAUAAUGACAUUUACCUCAAUUUAUAUUCAUCGUUCAUCUUUUGAAAUGAAAAUAUAUGUUUAAAAAAAUAUAUAUAUAUCUGCUUUAAUUAUAGCAAUUA